AUGUCUGGGGAGCCCAAGCGCGAGUGGACCCUAAACGAUUUUGAAAUUGGCAAGCCCCUCGGCCGGGGCAAGUUUGGCAACGUCUACCUCGCCCGCGAAAAGCGCACCAAGUUUGUCGUCGCCCUCAAGGUCCUCUUCAAGAGCCAGCUGCAGAAGAACAACGUCGAGCACCAGCUGCGCCGCGAGAUUGAGAUUCAGUCCCACCUCCGUCAUCCCAACAUCCUCCGCCUCUACGGCUAUUUCUACGACGAGAGCCGCGUCUAUCUGAUUCUCGAGUACGCCGCCCAAGGCGAGCUCUACAAGAAAUUGCAAGAGUAUGGCCGCUUCUCCGAGCCCACCACCGCCAACUACAUCAAGCAGCUUGCCACUGCCCUCGAGUACUGCCAUCGCAAGCACGUCAUUCACCGUGAUAUCAAGCCAGAAAACCUUCUCCUCGGCCUCAAGGGAACGUUGAAGAUUGCCGACUUUGGUUGGGCCGUGCACACCCCUAGUUCUCGACGCCGCACGUUGUGUGGUACCCUCGACUACCUUCCCCCCGAGAUGAUCGAGGGCAAGGCCCAUGAUGCCAACGUUGAUCUGUGGUCCCUGGGCGUGCUUUGCUAUGAAUUCAUGGUCGGCAACCCUCCGUUUGAAGCUGAAGGCCAUCGCGACACCUACCGCCGCAUUGUCAAGGUGGAUCUCCACUUCCCCGACUACAUCUCAGAGGGCGCGCGCGACUUUGUUUCCAAGCUGCUGCAGCAUGACCCGGAAAAGCGCAUGCGCCUGGACAUGGCCCUGCAACACCCCUGGCUCGUGUCGCAGAGCCAAAGCUUCUCCGACUAA